AAUCAAACGAUUUUUCUUUUCAAAUUCGCAGUCGUCUUGAAAGCUCGGAGUUCCGACUUCCCAGAUCCUUGAUGUUUUGAAACCAGCAUUAUUAGGGGUGUUUUCACACAUUCAUUAUUGAGCUCUUCACAGGUGGUGAGGAUUCCAUACCACCUACGAAAUGAGUAUAUUCAGGAUUAGGAAAUGCCUUCUAACCACUCUUCUAAUCUGCAUCACUACCAUCAUUGUGUUUUAUUCUGGACAGCAAUCCUCCAAUUCUUUUGUGGAUUUUGUAAAAAAUGCCCUUCGGCCGCUGGACGGCAUCUUCUCUCCACCGCCGGACGACGACCCAUGGUUUCAGAAGCGCUUCAUCAGAUCUAUCAAACCAUUUCUGACGAGAGAGAACAAGAAACUCUCCGAUGAUACCAGAACGUGGUGGCGGAAAAUCCAGAAUGACAGUAGCACCGCCAAAUUCAGCGAGGUGGUGGAGAAGUUGUUCCAGGUCAUCCCUGAUGCUGACCUACACAUGGACGCGGGCCGUGAGCGCCAUGGAAGCUGUGCUGUUGUGGGGAACUCUGGGAACCUCAAGGGUUCCUACUAUGGAGCCCUCAUAGACUCCAGUGACGUCGUCAUAAGAAUGAACAAGGCUCCUACCUCUGGCUAUGAGGAGGAUGUUGGGAAACGGACCACGUAUCACGUCAUGUACCCAGAGAGUGCAAUAGAUCUGGACAAAGCCACUAGGUUCCUGUUGAUCCCUUUCAAGACUCUGGACCUUCAGUGGCUACCAGGCGCCAUGACCACUGGGUCUCACAUCACUUUGUCAUAUUUACCACUUAGACGGAAGAUAAAGGCCAACAAAGAUUUGGUAUUGGUUCUGAAUCCUGUGUUUAUGAAAUAUGUUCAUGAAACCUGGCUUGACUAUCAGGGCAAAUACCCCUCGACUGGAUUCAUGGCUUUGAUAUUAUCCCUACACAUCUGUGACAAGGUGAAUGUGUAUGGAUUUGGGAAAGACAAAGAUGGGAACUGGCACCACUACUGGGAAACCUUAGUCGAUAAAAAUCUCCAAACUGGACUACACGAUGGAAACUACGAGUACAACGUCACCAUGAGGCUCUCGGAAAUACACAAACUACGGCUAUUUUAAGGGAUUUAGUUUAUAAUUCAUACACUAUAAAGAGCUUUUUAUUAAAGCGGAUGAAUCAAAUAGGUUAUAGCCUAUUGUCUACAUUGCACAGUGUUUACAUACUCAAAUACCUUCUCCUUUUAUCUGCACUACCGGUUUUGGACUUGAACAAUUUGGGGCUAAACUUAUGAACUUUGGCUUAGACCAUGGUUUAACCACUGGUCUGAAAUGGCUAGCUGCUAGCUUUUCUCAUAGGCCAACCUGGUGAAAUUAGACACAAUGCUGAGGACGGCCAGCAGAUAAUUGUAUCCAGUAACAAAUUCCGUCUCGGCCAGUUUAAAAUUGGCAUGACCCAAUGCUUUUUGUUUCACUAAUGCAUCCUUAACAGAAGUUCACCGGCACGUACUGAUACUCAAAUUAACUGCAUCACAUGCAAAAAUCUGUCUGGACGAUUACCUCAGUGUAAGAUGCCUAGUUCCUGACAAUAUUCACCACCUGUGAUGUAAGUAUGAAUCUCCCGUGUUAUCAUUUUUCUGUUUCAACAUGUGAAUUUACAUUCAUUGUGGUAUUGUUAAGGAAACUACAGCCAUCACCUUAAAAAUGAAGCCUAAGAAUGAAUUCCAUAAAGCGCUAGGCCUACGACUUCAGCCUUCACCUACACUGCUACUAGGGCAUAAUAAUAUCUCAGCAUAUGAGGCUGCAUGGAUGUGUACACUAGCCUACAUGUACAUUAGGGCUACAAUGUUUUUAUAAUCCCUAUCUAGCUGAUCUAUCUUACCUUGUUUAAGUGUAAAUUGACUGGUCUGGCUAGGUUCACCAAGUGUCCAGUAAAGAGAAGCUACACCAGAAAUCCGCUGAGGUGAAGCCUCCUCAUGGCUUCACUACUUAUGAAACCCAUUCAGUAAGCGACUGACUGACUGCUCUCCUAUUCUCUAACACAUGCUAUUGACUGACUGGCUUAGUCUAUAUAGACGUUCAGAUCGACAAUCGAGCCAUCUUCAUUGUCGUGGAUGUGAUAUUUGCUGGGCUAGCUUAUAUCAACACGAUAGCCUAUUGUCGGUUUAAAUGGCUAUUUAAAGCAAAAUGAUGUCCAAAAUGGUGUUGAUAUAGGCAAGCCUAGCCUACUAUAGGUUGAAUGUUACACGUAUUCACAUCAGAUAGUGUCCUCCUAGCUAGGCAAGUCAGUUAAGAACCAAUUCUUAUUUUCAAUGACUGUCUAGGAACAGUGGGUUAACUGCCUUGUUCAGGGGCAGAUUUAAAAUGUUUGCAGGAGAGUAUACAGGCAGUUUACAAGGGCAAUAACCAAUCACUACUCUCAAAGGACGACAUUACUCGUCCAUCUAGUUAUCAGUUAUUCACCCACACAUGUCAAAGUCGAACCGCAGUGCUGAUGUUUCUUUACGCUGAGGUCCAACCAUGCUAAUGCAGUGGAGUUGCCAAUUCAUGUUCAACUGAGCUACGCAGGGGGCGUGGUAAGCGAGGGUCUCGACAGACUUUAAUAGGAGUAUGGUGGCGGGCGGCAAGUGGUGCGAUUUGUGGUGUCCGCUCCUGUGAGCGGCGCCGCUGGCUUAGAGUUUGAGCUGCCACAACAUGAAAUGAGUUGAAGUCUUGAGAGGCCGACGUGCACAGUUGACCUAUGAGCAGAGUACUUCUUGUCCCACUAAGUUUAUUUUAAUGACAACAUUCCAGCUGACAAAAACCGUGACUGCUGGUAGACACUUUCUUUUCUUCUGCGGUUCAAUUGUCGUCUACAGUGUGUAAGUGCCUUUUAUCGCGGAGUGAUCCUUCAUGUCGAAGCCACUCGGCGAGGACUGGUGAACUCUGAUUUGCGGAGUGCGGGCACAGGUCACGUCAACAUGGAUAUCUAAUAGGUACGCAUUCUCAGGAAUUUCAAUUAUGACGGGUGUUUUCACAUGUUUUUAUGUGAAAUGUUUAUUAGGCUAGACUUCUGAUAUGUUGAAAUAUAUUAAGCAUUGGCCAUUAUAACUAUGGAGAAAUAUUGUUUGUGAAGGGAAGUAUUCAUUUUAAAGAUGCACUCAAACGUUUGUAUAAUUUCAGACAGUUUUGAAAGUGGUGCUCAUGAGCCAAAAGUGGUCCCAUUUUUUUUUUUUUUGUGUACUAAGUUAUUAUUUUAUUUUUGACCAAAUGUGUGAUAUCAUACAAUCAAAUCCCUGCAAAAUGUUACGAGUUUGUUGUGCUUAAGAUCCCGGAGUGCAUCUUUAAUUUAUGAAAUUGUGAUUUGAGGUGCAUUUUGGAUUAUUCCGAUGUUGGUGGCUGUGUGUUUUAAUAUCAAUCGUCAUCUCCAUAAUUUUCUAAAUGUGUUAAAUUCAAUCUCUGGUAGACAAAAUGCAUUACAUCCAAUGUUAGUCUGCUACAGUGCCAGUUACAUAUGGGUGCAUGCGUGCGCACACCCAUACCUGAGUCUCCCCUUUAAUAAUCUUCAUUCUGCAACUUGA